AUCGUGCGGCCCAAACCCCUAUUCUCCUAUUAGGGCAGGAAAAGAAGACAGAGCUUACUACAGACCUUCGUUGGUUAAGACGCAAGAAGAAGAAAAGUUGUAUUUUUUGUUCAAAAAAAAAAAAAGGGCAAAGGGCUCCAAAUGACCAGCAGAAAGCUUGUGCGGGACUUGUUUAUCUCUAAACAGCCUAUUUUCUGCCGAAUAUUAGCACCACAACAGGUGGUUUAUGGUAGAGUUGCAACAAAUUUGAGGUUGGUUGGAGCAGAUAGGCAUUAUCCGGGCAUUCGUAAUUUUGGUGUAUUCAAUGAGUUCUCCAAGAAGGUUAAAGGAGAAGUUGAUAGAAAUCAAGAAUUCCAACAGUCAGUCAAGGUACUGAAGGAGAAAGCAGAGGAGUUGAAAGAGGUGAAGGAAGAUCUUAAAACAAGAACGAAGCAGACAACUGAGCAGCUUUACAAGCAUGUGGAUGGUGUUUGGACGGAGGCUGAAGCUACGGCAAAAAAGGUUUUUUCCAAUGUGGAGGAAAAAAUUUCUGCUACUAAAGAGGAGGUCAAAGAAAGUUUUGGGAUGGGGAAGCAAGAAGCUCCAGGAUCAAGUGGUCAUUCACAUACUUCUAGUUCAAAUACCCAUGAGAGUAGUGAGUCUGCAUCAGCAAAAAAUCAACAGGAACAGCAGCAAUCUGGUUCCAGUGAUGGUGCAGAAUCAGUUUAUAGCAAGGUUAAGUCUGCUGCUUCAUCCUUAUCAUCAAAAGUGUCACCAGCCUUCCAGAAAAUUAAAGAAGCAAAGCCUAUUGACUUAGCCAAGAAGGGAUAUGGCAUCAUAUUGGAUGAGUUGAAAGGUACUCCAGGUAAGAGAAAGCGCCUCGAAUAUUCUGCUCCCACGCAAGAAACUUCAGCAAACUUUGAGAGAAGCACAAGGACUGAUGUUGCUGUCUUACCAUCAAAGCAAUCGAAAUGGAAUAAGAAAUGGGAGGCAUUCAAGGAUAAAAUGCAAGGUCACCCUCUUUUUAAGCGCUUCACUGGCAUGAGUGAACCUGUUGUAACAAGAAGCCAGGAGAUUGCAGAAGAUAUUCGUGAGAGAUGGGAAACAAGUGAUCAUCCCAUUGUUCACAAAAUCCAAGAUUUAAAUCAAACUGUGGGGGGAGAAUCAUCAGCUGCAAUGUCAUUUAAAGAGAUUCGCCGCAGAGAUCCGUCGUUCUCUUUACCUGAAUUUGUUGCUGAGGUUCAAGAAGUGAUUCGACCAGUUCUUGAAGCUUUCUUCAAAGGAGAUACAGAGGCGUUGAAGAAAUAUUGCAGCAAAGAGGUAAUUGAGCGGUGUAAAGCAGAGCAUCAAGCUUUUGAUAGCCNGACAAAAAGCUAUGGCCUUGAUUUGAAGUCAUCCCAGAUUUCCACUUUUCGCCGUUGGAAAGAUGCUAAAACGGGAAAUUCUUUAACCUCUCUUUCUCUCUUAUUCAUGCAGAUUUUGCAUAUUUCGGAUGUUGAAGUACGGGAGACAAAAAUGAUGGGAGACAGUCCCAUAAUCAUUUUGGCGUUCCAAACGCAACAGGUCUACUGCAUACGUGAUAAACUUGGUUCAAUUAAAGAAGGGGGAAAGGAUACAAUACACACUGUAUACUACGCUUGGGCUAUGCAACUAGUAGAAGCAGAAGAGCUCGGAGAAGGAGCUUUCCACCCUAUUUGGAGGCUUAGAGAGAUGCAACAAUUUGGUGUUGCAGCUCUUAUCUAAUCAACUUUUUGGUUGAUCCAUGGGAGUGUAUAAUGUUGCUUCCCGCGCUUUCUUCAUGUUCUGGCACCGACUCGUGCAGAAAAGUUUUUGCAAUAAGCUUUUGCCUUUUCCACAGUUGGACCAGAAUCAUGAUGUAUUCAAAUUAAUUAGUUAGGAGUUAUUUUCACCAUUCUUGUGAAUGUACUUGAGCAGCCCCUUCACAUUGCAUGAAGUUCAAGUUUGAACACUGAAUAAAUAGAAUAUUCAUGUUAGUUAUGUAUUCAUUGUAUCCAGGAAGUUAAGCUAGCAUUUGACCAUAGA